AAUGAACAUAUUCGUUGUCUAUUUCGUCACACAACCGGAUGUGCCGUGUUGAAGGCUAAUGUUAGCAGCAUGCGAAGCCAAUGCAAUGUUUCACAGCUAAGUCAAAUGUGGUGUGAUUUUUGAGUAUUUUAAAAGGGAUUGUGUUUUCACUUUUGAUUUUAUCAGCACAUCUUAAAUCGUAUUUAUACCAGUGCAAUGGAAGAAGCAGAAAGCCCAGAGGAGCUUCUGUCAAAACAGCAUCGCAAGGAAAAGAAAGACUUGCAAGCCAAGAUUCAAAGCAUGAAAAAUGCAGUUCCCAAGAAUGACAAGAAGCGCAGGAAACAGCUGACAGAAGACAUCGCCAAGCUGGAAGCAGAGCUGGAUCAAAAACACGAAGAGGAGCUCCGUGGGCUCUCCAGCAGCACCGUCACAGCAAAGGUGGAAGAAGUCGUUAACGGAAUUGAAUCAGUUGGCAUCGACGACGAAGAGCAAAAGGAAAACAAACAGAGUCGUACAUCAAAAGCCCAGAAAAGGAGGGACAAGAAGGCGGCCAUGGAGCGGGACCGGGAGGCGCGCAUCGCCGAGGCGGAGGUGGAGAACCUUCAGGGCUCGCGUCACCUGGAGGGCCUCCAGCUGCGCCAGAAGCUGGCCGAGCGGCAGCUCCAGAUCCGCGAGAUCCAGUCCGACGGACACUGCAUGUACCAGGCCAUAGACCACCAGCUGGGCGUGAGGGGACAGGCCGUGGGCCUGAGCAAGCUGCGUGGCAGGACGGCCGAAUACAUGCGUUCGCAUGCCGACGACUUCCUGCCGUUUCUGACUAACACCAACACUGGGGACAUGUUCUCGGCAGAUGAGUUUGAGGCGUACUGCAACGAUGUGGAGAGAACUGCGGCAUGGGGAGGACAACUCGAGCUGCGGGCCCUGACGGAGGCUCUGAAGUUGCCCAUAGAGGUCGUCCAAGCUGAUACCCCGCUCCUAACCAUCGGAGAAGAAUACAAGCAGCCACCAAUCACCCUUGUCUAUAUGAGACAUGCGUUUGGGCUGGGAGAACACUACAACUCAGUGGAGCCUCUGGUGGAAGCUGCGAACGAGGAAGAAGGCUGAAGGAGCAUGGGAUGGAUGAAUGGAUGGAUAGACGUCAUUGACCUUUUCACUGCUGGGUCUUCAGUUGCUUGACCCGCUACAAAAUAGAGGAAAUUCACACGCUGGGUGUGGAUGGAGAAGAAGAUCCACCCAGAAACAAACAAACAAACAAAGAACAAAAAGAAAGAUUCUCAAAGGAGACUUCUCACCCAACACGGCAGCGGAUGAGAAAGUACUUCAUGUCUUCAAGCUGCUCUUCAGAGCACUUGCGCUCUAUGUCUUGGCAGUGUAAAUGUAUGUUGGCUUGAUGUCUCCCUCUGCUAGAGUACAUUGAAAUCAUGUUCUCAUCAAAGGAGGCACUAACUGAGUGCUUGAAUGAACUCAGUGAGCUGUGUCAUUUUUUUAACCAGCAAAUGUGGGACUUGGAUACUUGUGAUGCACAUUUCAUAAACGGUAUUAGGCUUAAAGGUAUGCUUAACUUGUCUGACAUACACCUAUGGAUGACUCGGUUGCACAAAAAGUAUACAGAAGUGUUUGUUUGGCUCAAUAAAAAUGUCUUCAUGAACUCAA